CAGACGCGCCCUCAGCAUAUAAGGUGCGUCUCUCCCCUCGUAAGUUAUGUCAAGGCUCGCCCUGACUUUCUUUUCUUGUCCUUUCGUCUCUGCCGCGCCCGCGGCUCUAAACCCCUGCGCUCCUUACCGUUUCGGCCACCUCCAGCAUGAAGUGCCGCGUGCUGUCCGCGCUCCUCCUCCCAGCGCUUGCGUGCGCGCACAACGUCCAACUUCAUGCACGACAGUCUACGACCGCAGACGAAAACUCUGCCGCCCUCUCCAACGCCAACACGGCGACGGCCACAUCGGUCCUCCCGUCUACGGUCACCUUCCCUCUGAUCUCGGAGAAUCCGACCGCCGUCCCGCUCUCGGAGAUCAACACAGGCGCCGCGCAGACCCAGUCCACCAUCGCUAUCUCCACAACCUAUGCGGGCGGCUCGAAGCCUACCUGGAUUCCCGAUGCCCCUGCCCUUCCGCCGUCGUUGCCCAUCCCCACCAACUAUCCCAAGCUGGAUGUCACGCCUCCGACCGACUCCGAUGAGGCCAAACAGUGGAUCCAGGAGGUCAUGAACUCGGGCGUGUACAUUCCUGACAUUGCCCCUACGAACCCAGGUGGAUGCGGCAACAACACGGCUGUUCUUGCCAACACUUCGUCGUCCGGCACCUGCUGGUGGACUUGCGGCGGUUGCACGAGGUCGACGGACGUCUCGGUCUGCCCCACCAAGAACUCGUGGGGUGUUUCGUACGAUGACGGCCCGUCGCCGUACACGCCUAACCUCCUACAGUACUUCGACCAAGAGGACAUCCGCGCGACGUUCUUCGCCAUCGGCUCUCGUAUCAUCUCGCGUCCCGCCAUUCUGCAGGACGAGUAUCUGACGGGUAACCAGAUUGCUGUCCAUACUUGGAGCCAUCCCUACAUGACGACGAAGACGACCGAGCAGGUUAUCGUCGAGCUGGCCUGGACAAAGAAGGUCAUCAAGGAUACACUGGGCGUGACACCGAUCUACUGGCGUCCGCCGUACGGUGACAUCGAUGACAGGGUGAGGGCGAUCUCGCAGGCCCUGAAUUUGAUUCCUAUCCUGUGGACGCGCAUCAGCCCGACACAGACAUUCGAUACGAAUGACUGGAGCAUCCCCGAAGGCAGCGUGAACGUGUACGAGGUGCUGGACAACUGGGAGCUGAUCAUGGGCAACUCGACCAAGAUCGAUACCGGCUUCAUCGUUCUUGAACACGAUCUGUUCGAGCAGACCGUCGACGUCGCGACGGGAUACAUCCUCCCCCAGGCACUGGCGCACCAGCCCAAGUACAACAUGACCCCGAUCAUCGAGUGCUUGGAUAUGCCUCUUGCCAACGCCUAUCUGGAGACCAACGACAACUCGAGUCAUCCGUUGCCUCUUGCCACGGUCACCCCGGUAUCGUCGUCUUCUGCUUCCGGCGCUGGUGCCUCGAGCACUGGUAGCAGCAGUAGCGGUGAUGGCAAGAGCGGCAGUUCCAGCUCCUCAGCCUCGUCCAGCUCCCAGAGCAGCGGGUCGGGCAGCCUCAUGGUCGUUAGCCCAGUACUACUCAGUGUGGCAAUUGGAGCUGCGGCUGCCGUGGCUACUUUGUUCUUGUAGUUCCCAGUGUGUGUGUGAUUCGUCCGAGGGCCUCCUGACGGGGUGCUUCGUUAAUCGCGUUCUACGACGCCAUUCGGUCUGGAUCUUUACGGCUCGUGUCAUUCUUCGUAGCCUACGCUUGCACCGUCGGACUACCGAUAUUCUAUCCCUAGUCGUUAUGUUGGCAUGGACAUCUUACGAGUACACAUACCCGUUCCGCAAGGACGAGAAUAUACUAUACCAUUCACACGCAUGAGCGAAUCGCGCGGCGCGAUGUCGUACGCGAUCUCUCUAUUUAUGGAUGCGUCGGUGUCUGUUC